UGAGAGAGAGACGGGGCAGGCAAACCAAGUUUUGUCCAUCUCCUAAAACCCUCCCUCCAGCUUUACGAACAGCACAUGAAGUCUGCGUUUUCUCACUUGAAUCAAGCCAAAAUCUUCUCCCCUUUCUACCUCUCUCUUCACCAUAUUAAUACCAAUCUCACUCAUCUAUUUUAUAUGUAUACACGCACUCUCUCUCUUUGUCUAUGUAUACAUAAAUGAUGGGGGAAUAAAGAGAGAUUGUCGCAGAAGUAUACUCAAUUCUUUUCUUGUGCAUGUUAUUAAACACCCCUCUUUCUCUCUCUUGAACAUCUCCCUGUCUUUGUCAAUUAAUUGAAGAGCCCGUUUGACUCACGGGUCAGUUGUAUAUUGAUUGAAUUGAAGCGAUCAGGGUUUUGAUAUUAUAAGAGUUCGGGGAUGAAGGGUGGUGAAGAUCAAGCGAGGUCUUUGUUUGGGAUUUCACUUUCUGAUCGACCCAAGUGGCAGCAAUUUCUUAUUUGCUCUUCUGGCUUCUUCUUUGGUUAUCUUGUUAAUGGCAUUUGCGAGGAAUAUGUAUACAAUAGACUCCACUUCAGCUAUGGGUGGUAUUUUACUUUUAUACAAGGCUUUGUAUACUUGGCCCUGCUAUACUUGCAGGGGUUCACCACCAAGCAAAUGGUGAACCCAUGGAAAACAUAUGUGAAACUCUCUGCUGUUUUGAUGGGGUCUCAUGGUUUAACAAAAGGGUCUUUAGCUUUUCUUAAUUAUCCAGCACAGAUCAUGUUCAAAUCCACAAAGGUACUUCCUGUAAUGGUGAUGGGUGCUUUUAUUCCUGGAUUGAGAAGAAAAUACCCGCCCCAUGAAUAUCUCUCUGCUCUCCUUCUAGUUGUUGGUUUAAUCCUCUUCACCUUAGCAGAUGCCAAUACAUCUCCUAACUUCAGCGUCAUUGGUGUUGUCAUGGUAUCUGGUGCUCUAGUCAUGGAUGCAUUCCUGGGUAAUUUGCAGGAAGCAAUUUUUACCAUGAAUCCUGAGACCACGCAGAUGGAGAUGUUAUUCUGUUCAACUGUAGUUGGGCUACCCUUCCUAAUUCCGCCCAUGAUUCUAACUGGGGAGUUGUUCACGGCAUGGAAGUCCUGUGCCCAGCAUCCAUAUGUGUACGGGGUGUUGGUCUUUGAAGCCAUGGCCACAUUCAUCGGACAAGUCUCUGUUUUGUCAUUGAUUGCUAUAUUUGGGGCUGCCACCACUGCGAUGAUAACCACUGCGAGAAAGGCGGUAACUUUGUUGCUAUCAUACUUAAUCUUUACAAAGCCGCUGACUGAACAACACGGGUCAGGCCUGCUGCUUAUCUCCAUGGGAAUCAUCCUAAAGAUGUUACCAGAGAACAAGGCUCCUACCCGGAUUCCGAUGUCAAAUGUCAAGAACAAGCACGAAACAUCAUACACAAGGGAGGAGAAAAAAGCAGUACAAAUUAGAGAAGAUGUUGAUCAUGAAGAGGAGAGACCACUUGUUUGAUAAUGGGGGCAACUAAGCAAAUAUGGUCAGACAAGUUAUUAGUUUUAACAUCUUGCUCUUUUUUUCUUUUUUAUUGUUAGUAAAAUUUUCUGUCUCUUGUAGCCUCCGAGAGAAGUUGGGUUGUUUAUUUGUAGAGAAGUUUUAUCAUGAUAGGUUUUGCUAUUUACUGGAUUAAUAAAGGGUAGUGGUUUUGAUUUA